AUGACGUGGUGGGUCGUGGCAGGCGCUGUCCUCGUCGCACUUGUGCUCGCUGCGGGUCUCUUUUUCAAGCGCGGGUCAGCCACGCCCGCCUACAUGAGCGCUUCCUACUGGGACGCACGCUACCGGCGCCACCCCGAGGCCUUCGAGUGGUACCUCUCGUUCCAAGACCUUGUGGACCAUGGCCUCUUGACGCUGACUUCGUCGCACCUCUCGCUGCUCGCCCAGCCACCGAUCGAGGUGCGCAACCUGCGCGUCCUGGACUUGGGCGGCGGCAACUCGACGUUGGCGCACCGCCUGUGCGAGGCGCUCCAUGGCAACGGCCGAGUCGUGAGCAUCGACAUUAGCGACACGUGCAUUCGCUUGAUGCAGACCACGUACCCGUCCAAAGUGCAAUACCUCUGCAUGGACGCGCGGGACAUGGAGUUCAAAGACAACUCGUUCGACGUCGUACUUGACAAGAGCACGAUGGACGCGAUCGUGUCGCCCGGCAACGCAACAGCCGCGCAUGCGGCGAAGCGCAUUCUGCGCCAAGUGGCUCGGGUCUUGCGGCCCGACGGCUUCUUUCUUAUGAUCUCGGUACAUCCGUGGAGCUACUGGCACCCGCUCGUGGCCAGCGCCGCGCCGUCUCUCGCCCAUGCCCAAGAGAAGACGCAAAGCGUUGUACUCUCCUCCGACCGCCACCCGAUCCUCGUCUUUGUCAACGUGUUGCAGAAAGCAUCAGCGUAG